GGAACAUUUCAUCCAUUGACAACAGCUCAUUCAUCUGAAAUAGAAGUAACCCGUUGAGACGUGCCGAUGGGCCAGCUCACGUCUAAACUCGGGUUGGUCCCUAGUGAAGUCAGAAAUGGAAAUUUCCAAGUUCCUCCAACAAUUGUUGUCUCGGACAAUGAUUCAAGUGCAUCUGAGCAUCAGGGCUCCAGGACAGAGCUGCGGAGGUCUUCCGUCUACAGCACGAUAGACCUGGUGCCGCAGCUGGAGCAUUAUGACGUUUCACUGCCAAACCGUCAGAUGAGGAGCCGUCCAUCUCUUGAGGUUCUACGCAACUCAUACGGGCAGGCAGAGGAGGAUGGAAAGGUCCCCGAUACAGAGUCAGGAGCUGUGAGUGCUCCAGAAGUCGGACAGGAAGGCUCACAAGCUAAGGAGAAAGAACCCAUUAGGUUUGGCUGGGUGACGGGAGUCAUGAUUCGUUGUAUGCUGAACAUUUGGGGAGUCAUCCUAUUCCUCCGUCUCUCUUGGAUCACAUCCCGGGCCGGCAUUUUGUUGACCUGGGUUAUCGUUGCAAUGUCCGUAUUGGUGACCUCAAUAACCGCCCUCUCCAUCUCCGCCAUCGCCACCAACGGGAAGGUGAUCUCAGGGGGGGCGUAUUUCAUGAUCUCCCGUUCUUUGGGCCCUGAGAUUGGUGGUCCGAUCGGGGCAGUGUUUUCCUUUGCCAACGCCCUGGCUUGUGCGCUUAACACAGUGGGCUUCGCAGAGGUGGUCCGCGAUUUGAUGCAGGAGUUCAAUGUCGUCAUGGUCGAUGCAGUCAAUGAUGUCCGUAUUGUGGGCGUGAUCACGGUGACUGUUCUUCUGUUUGUUUCAUUGGCCGGGAUGGAGUGGGAGUCCAAGGCCCAGUAUCUAUUCUUCAUGACUCUCUUGGUUUCGUUUGCCAACUACAUUGUGGGCACAGUCAUACCCCCCAAAGUAGAGAAACAAGCCCAGGGCAUCUUUGGAUACAGUAGUGAUAUCUUUGUGGCAAACCUAACACCAGACUGGAGAGGGAGUAACUUUUUCCAGAUGUUUGCCAUUUUCUUCCCUUCGGCCAUCGGCAUUCUGUCUGGGGCCAACAUCUCCGGAGACCUCAAAGACCCUGCUACCGCCAUCCCCAAAGGGACCCUCAUGGCCAUUUUCUGGACUACAGUCAGCUACAUAAUUAUCCCUGUGACCGUCGGAGCAUGUGUGCUGAGGGACGCCUCCGGUAAUAUCAGUGACAUGAUGACGGACAACAACACCGACGGCUGUGUGGGUCUGGGCUGUGCCCACGGCUGGAACUUCACAAACUGCAUUCAGUUAGAAAACUGUCAAUAUGGUCUGAACACCAAUACGAAGGUACUGGGCCAACUUUCAGGGUUCUAUUACCUCAUCACUGCUGGUGUCUUCGCUGCCAGCCUGUCGUCCGCCCUCGGCUUCCUCGUCUCUGCCCCUAAAGUCUUUCAGUGUUUAUGCAGAGACAACAUCUACCCAUACAUUGGAUUCUUUGCAAAAGGUUACGGCAAAAAUGAUGAGCCCCUGCGAGCUUAUUUGCUCUGCUACGUCAUUGCGGUGGCCUUCAUUCUCAUCGCUGAGCUGAACACCAUCGCUGCCUUGAUCUCCAACUUCUUCCUGUGCUCCUACAGCCUCAUCAACUUCAGCUGCUUUUACGCCUCCACCACCAACUCCCCCGGUUGGAGGCCGGCGUUUCACUACUACAGCAAAUGGACGGCUCUGUUCGGAGCCGUGAUCUCCGUGGUGCUGAUGUUCCUGUUCACCUGGUGGGCGGCUCUCAUCACCUUCACCAUCAUCUUCUUGCUCUUCGGCUAUGUCAACUUCAAAAAGCCCACGGUGAACUGGGGAUCGUCGGUGCAGGCGGGUACAUACAACAUGGCUCUGUCCUAUUCAGUCUGGUUGUCUGGUGUCGAGGAUCACGUCAAGAACUUUAGACCACAGUGCCUCGUCAUGACCGGGCCCCCGAACCAGCGGCCGGCUCUGGUUGACUUUGUCGGCUCCUUCACCAAACACAUAAGCCUCAUGAUCUGUGGAGACAUCAUCAUGGAGCAGGACAGGCCGCAUGACGCCACAGACAUGUUGGUGAAGUGGAUGAACAAGAGGAAGGUGCGCUCCUUUUACAGCCCGUUCACUGCCGACAGCAUCCGAGAGGGAGCUCGACACCUGCUGCAGGCUUCUGGUCUUGGCAAGCUGAAGCCCAACACUCUGGUUCUGGGCUUCAAGACAAACUGGAGGGAGAGUUCACCUGAAAGCAUUGAAGAUUAUAUUAACACCAUAUACGAUACCUUUGACGCCAACUACUGCCUGUGCAUCCUGAGGAUGAUGGACGGGCUGGAUGUCUCUGAGCAGUUGGAUUCUGAAGUGAACCACGCCUUUGAGCUCGAUGAAUCUGCUGAAAAUGAGGAACAGAAAUCUCCGGAGACGGAAUCGGCCGACGACCUCUCUGACGGAGGCGACGAGGCUCAGAACAAGACGGUGUUUCAGAACGACCAGGGCAAGAAGACCAUUGACGUCUACUGGAUAGCCGACGACGGAGGUCUGACUCUGCUGGUUCCGUACCUGCUCACGAGGAGGAAGCGCUGGCACCGCAGUAAGAUCCGUGUCUUCAUCGUGGGAGACGAACAGAACAUGGAGGAAGGCCGCAAAAACAUGAUCGCUCUGCUGAAGAAGUUUCGCUUGGAUUGCAGCAACGUCACGGUCAUAACGGACAGCGAGAGGUCUCCCAACACCAAAAACCUCCGAAGGUUCGUGGACAGUGUCGCCCCCUUCAGGCUGCACAGAGAAGAGCAGGAAGGCGACUCAGUCAGCGGGACGAAGCAAAGCACCCCGUGGAAAAUAUCAGAGAAAGAGUUUGAGGCCUUCAGAUUAAAGUCCGAGAAUAAGGUGAGGCUGAAUGAAAUCAUCCGGAGGAACUCUCAGCAUGCUGCCCUCGUCCUCGUGAGCCUUCCUGUGCCGCACAGAGACUGCUCCAGUGCUCUGUACAUGGCCUGGAUGGACACUCUGACCUGCGGCCUCCACUGCCCAGUGGUGCUGAUACGAGGAAACCAGCAGAACGUGCUCACCUUCUACUGCCAAUGAGUCCGGACUCACAUGGAUGGACACUAGAUCGAGCCCCACUAACUUAUAGAGUGAGAAGAAAAUAUGUAUUUGUGCAAUAGGUCCCAGGGAAGGGUUUAAAAGUUCUAUAUCUAAUAUAUAUGUGAAGACGACGCCAAUGCAGACGCUCGCUGAAGAUCAUCUUCGGGAUGUCCCCUCUUAGUCAGGAAGAGGGGAGGACUCCGUCGAUGCCUACAAGCGUACAGAGAUACGAGAAGCAGCCACAUCCCAAGAGAGGGCCUCUGAACGCGGGCCUGAACUAGUCUGAGACCAGCUGCGGACUUACUGUGCCAUGUAUCACUUGCCUGCGGGAAUAGCUGCUUUUGGGAUGCUUCUCUAACCCACGUUUUUCCUUAAAUUGAGGCUGUUCUUAGUCCUUGUUUUGAGAAAUUAGCCUCUAAAGAUAAUUUCUUCAUGAAGCAAAGAGAUUAGAAUGAUUGCUAUAUUGUAGUAUUAUAUACAAAGUUUUAUUUGAAACAUUUUAAUCUAGUGCACAGAAAUGUUGCUGCAAUGAAAGAUAUCCAUGACAUGUGCACUUUAAUGCGUCAAUGCAAUGUCACAUUUGAUUUAAUGCACAAAGAAAUCUGUCAUUCAUGAUUCAAGAUGAUGACUCAUAAUUUGCCCAAAUCGUGAUUGCCAGUGGAUGUCUGCUGUAAAGGAAGUAGUCGGUGAGGAUAUUGUACAAAGAUUCUUUGGUGACUCAUGGUGUCGGUUUUCCCUUAAAAUAUCUAAUCAUUGGUGAGACGGUGCAAAUGUCUCCUUUUCCCAGCAGCCGCGUUGGCUUUUCAUAGCAGGAUGAACAGGUGUAAUCGGGCCGGCAUGCACAACACAAAGGCCACGGGACCACCACACCUUCAAUCAAACACACCUGUGCUGAUGUGAUGACACAUCAGCGAGGCUGCUGGGAAAAGGGCCGGUGGAAUGAAACUGAAGAAAAUGAACUGUCACGAUAUCUCAUGUGUGUGAAUAUAUGAACAAAGAUCAUGUACAACAUUUAUUGCAUUUUAACUGUGAGUGAUGUAACAAAAAUGUAACUUGGGUGAUGGUAACUAUAAAUAUAACUUCAUCAAUAUACUUACUGAGCCAGAUUUCAACACUUUGUAUGAUACUGAUGAAACCUCUUUUGAAUAAACUUAAUC